UAUUAUCCUGUCUGUUCCAAUUCUCUAAUUCUCUUUCAAUAGUGGGACUAAGAAUUUAAAAAACUCGGAAUGCGAAAAAGAAAGACCUUUUUUUGUAAAGAGGAUGGUUAACCCAUGAGCCAUACACAACUGAUCUCAGCUACCAUGGGGUGCACGUUAGAGAAGAGAGGAUCGGUUUUCGUUCUAACCCUAACCAGCGAAACCGACGAACAACACCGUCUCAACCCCACGCUCCUCUCCUCCCUCCUCGCUGCCCUCACCCAAGUCAACUCCCAAGCCACCGACGCCUCCGCCCUCGUCACCACCGCCCAAGGCAGAUUCUUCUGCAAUGGGUUCGACUUCCACUGGGCGCGUGCAGCUGCCGACCCCCAAGCUGCCCGCAUCCGCCUCCGCGCUAUGUCCAACUCCCUUCGCCCCGUCCUCGCCGCACUCUUCUCCCUUCCCAUCCCCACCGUCGCCGCUGUCUCCGGCCACGCCGCCGCGGCGGGAGCUGUUCUCGCGCUCACGCACGACCACGUCCUCAUGCGCGGUGACCGCGACGUCCUCUACAUGCCGGAGGUGGACCUCGGCAUCACGCUCCCUGACUACUUUGCAGCCGUCAUGAGGGAGAAGGUCGCGGCGGCGCGUGACUUAGUGCUCGCGGGGAGGAAGGUGAGGGCGGAAGAAGCGGUGGAGAUGGGGAUUGUGCGCUCUGCGCACGAUAGCGCGGAGGGUACCGCGGAGGCUGCGAUGAGGCUGGGGGAGGAGUUGGCAGGAAGGAAGUGGGUUGGGGAGGCUUAUGUUGAAGUGAGAAAGAGUUUGUUCCCUGAAGUGUGUGAUGUUUUGGGUUUAGCACCUAAAUCCAUUGUUUCCAAGAUUUGAAAGAAAAAAUCAUGAAUUUAUUGUUUUGUUAUGAAUGACAUAAACAAGGAUGAGCAUGAGAUUGAAGAAAAAAAAAAGGGUAAAUCAAUGUAAUAAUUUCAGACCAUCAUGUAAAUGAUCAUACUUCUAUUGACCUGGUGAGGAAAUUUUUUCUGUUAGGACUGUAGCCGGUUAUUGUUGUCACCUUUUCUUUUCCUUUAGAGCAUCAUCAAUAAAAAUGGUCCAUCUUGAUUCAUUCAUGCAUGGAGGUGGCUUCAAGAACCCAAAGGGGCCGAAUGAAUGAUCCAACAACACUUCACUGAGAAUUUCAGAUUGUUUCUCAUGCAUUAACAUCUGAUUUCAGUUAGUAAGAAUUUUCACUCUGCUUCCAACAAGGAAAUCCAUUUACUCGUGAAGUAUUGAUAAUCAAAAUAGCUUUAAUUUCUUUUUGCCAAGUAGAAUAUAAUUGCAAGUAAAAGGGGAAGCAUGCCAAUAACCAAAAUAUGGUCCAUCUGACAAAUAAACAAAAAUAAUUUUAAUAAAGUCUAAGUAACUAUUCCAAACUCAGAUCAAAUACUGAAUGCCGAAACUAAGCACUCUGACAAACUAGUACUUCUUUUACUCUAUUUUUCUAAACUGUCUUCGCUUUAGGGGUCUUCUUCCUGAGCUGACUCCUGGGAAUUGAGUUCUUCAUUCCAAUAAAGAAUAGCAAUG